AUGGCUCAAGCCCCCGAAUGGGAGCCCGGAACAUGGUAUGAUAUAGGGUCUGUAGUAGUGCACCAAGGUGUUCUGUAUAAAAUCAUCCAGGCGCAUCGAUCUGAGCCGGGUUGGGAGCCUCCCGCAACGCCCGCGCUUUGGGGCCGCAUGCAGGAAGAAUAUGGAUUCCAAGCCCAACAGGGAUACGGAGGUCCUGGCGGGUACGCUCGGGGUGGUGGAUAUCAACCGCCCUCUCAGCCUCCAUACCGCGAUGAUCCAAAUGCUCGAGGCAUCGGUGCUGCAGUAGGUGCCGGCGCGGGUGUUGCUGGAUCAGCAUUUGCAGAGGGGUACAAUCCGACAUAUAUUCAACCAGGGCAGAUUCCCCAAGCUCAGGCUCCACCGGGACCUCCCCCGCAAGUCCAAGGUUACGGAGGCGACAGUGGCUAUGAUGGCAACCGAGGUGGUAUUGGAGAGAAGCGCUGGGAUGAGCAUCAAGAACAACAGGUGGAUAUCCAUCACGAGGAACGCCAGAAGAGCUGGCAUAACCUUGAUCCCAGACGCAAGAAACAAUUAGAGGUCGGUGGCGGCCUAGUUGCUGGUCUGGCACUACUUGGAGGAGGCUACUACGCUUAUAAAUCUCAUCACAAGAGCGAAGAAGAGAAAAAGGCACAAGUAUGGGCACUACAAAACUGGCUUCAUGACGCUGAGAGGCGUACGAGAGACUUUUACGACAACGGUCCUCGCGGUCCUGUUACUUGGAUCCUGGCUGAAGGCGGUCGAAUCCCGGAUAAUGCGAUCCCAGGAGGCGAGCAGCACGAGAAACCUUUGUUCAUUUGUCGUGGAUUUUAUGAGGGCGGUAUCCAGAUAGGAAAAGUAUCGCCUGCGUUUGAACAGGGUGCAGUCAUCGGUUAUGGACAUCAUGAAAUUCAACUUCCGAAGUACGAGGUGCUUGUUGGUGACCGCCGAGCGGUGCGCUGGGUGGAUGCAGCUGGACGCCUUGACGAGUCCAUGCUCGGCGCCCAGCCCGUCGAGGGUGGGAACGAAGCCGACGAUAGCCCGCUCUACGUCGCUAGGGUCCACCAUGGCCAUGCAAUUAUCCCUGGAAAGGCCGGACCGAGUAUUGACGGCUGUCUUGUCCCGGUCAACAACACUGAGGAAAGAUCCCAUCAAUACCGCGUGCUGUGCUAUGCGUGA